AGGGUUGGACUAAAGAUUCUGUCCUGGUCCUAAGAGAGUAAAAAAAAAAAAAAAAUACACUACCCAAUCCCUACGGUUGCCAUUUUUAAGCAUCAGAUUUUUUCGCGUCAGAAUUCCAGGCAACACAGAGCUGAAGUCCUGGAAGCAUAUACACUAGAGAUAUGAUAAAUUUAUUGGUCAGCAAUGUUUAUUAUUUAUAUUUGUUUUCCUUCUGGAUCCUGCUACUUGUUCUUGUAGAUCAUGGAGCAUUAGGCGUUGCUGUGAACGACUGCAAGGAAUCCAAAUGUGGGAGUGGUCCAGCCGUUCGUUUCCCGUUCCGAAUCAAAGGCCGGCACCCUGAUCACUGUGGCUAUCCUCAACUUGGGUUCGAUCUAUCUUGCUCGGAGAGGAAGGAGACGCUACUGGAGUUGCCAAAUUCAGUGAAACUCUUGGUCAAAAAGAUAGAUUAUUUUUCUCAAGUGGUUACUGUAAGUGAUCCACAAGGUUGUCUUCUAAAACAGCUUCCAAACUUGAAUUUAUCUGCUUCCCCCUUUCAAUUUCAUCAUUAUGAGUUGGGAUACUGGGAGAAUUGCACAAUUUUCCACUGUUUAAAGAGGACCCAAUGGUCUGCGGCAACGCAGGUUUCUUGCCAAAGUGCUCCUAACUACUAUGUUUAUUCCAAUCCAUCAAAUUCAGGAGACGAUGUCAAUAAAGUAUUUAAUUGCACAAAGAUGUAUGAAAUUAUUAAUAUUCCAUAUGAACUGUGCAAUGGGAAUAAUAGGAUUGUCCAUUUGAACUGGUCGUAUCCAAGGUGUAGCUCUUGUGAAGAACAAUACAAAUAUUGCAAAUUGAAGGCUGACAGCACUCAACCUGUUAUUGAUUGCUAUGGCAAUCUAGAAAGAAAGAGGUCAUUGAAUAAGUUUCUGGCUGCAGGUAUAGCGUUGGGGCUGUUUCUUCUAAUUGUAACAGUGAUUGCAGUUUUUUAUAUCUAUGGCUUCAACAAAAAAGAAAAAGAAUAUCAGUCCAAGAUUGAGAAGUUUUUGGAGGACUACAAAGCUUUCAAACCUACAAGAUAUUCCUAUAAUGAUAUCAAGAGGAUCACAAAUCAAUUCAAGGAAGAACUUGGCGAAGGAGCAUAUGGAACUGUCUAUAAAGGAAAGAUCUCUGAAGAAAUUCUGGUGGCUAUUAAGGUCCUCAAAAAUUCCAAAGGUAAUGGGGAGGAAUUUGUAAAUGAAGUUAGAAUAAUAGGAAAAAUUCACCAUGUCAAUGUGGUUCGUUUGGUUGGGUUUUGUGCUGAUGGAUUCAGGCGAGCAUUGAUUUAUGAGUACUUACCAAAUGGGUCACUAGCAAGAUUUAUAUCUCCAGCAGAUGCCAAGAACCAUUUUCUUGGAUGGAAAAGGAUGCAAGAUAUUGCUCUUGGAGUUGCCAAAGGAAUUGAAUAUCUCCACCAGGGGUGCAAUCAAAGGAUCCUUCAUUUUGACAUAAAUCCACAUAAUAUCCUGCUGGACCACAACUUCAAUCCUAAAAUCUCUGAUUUUGGGCUGGCUAAGCUUUGUUUGCAGGAUCAAAGUGCAGUGUCCAUGACGACAGCUAGAGGAACCAUUGGCUAUAUGGCUCCUGAAGUCUUUUCAAGGAACUUUGGGAAUGUUUCUUAUAAGUCAGAUGUUUAUAGUUUUGGAAUGUUGGUAUUGGAAAUGGUUGGAGGAAGGAAGAAUGUUGAUGUUAAUCAAGGAAAUGAUGAGCAAAUAUACUUCCCAGAAUGGAUUUAUAAUCUUUUGGAAGGAGGUGAAGAUCUAAGGUUAGAGAUUGAUGCAGAGGAAGAUGCCAAAAUUGCAAAGAAACUUGCAAUUGUGGGACUCUGGUGCAUUCAGUGGAAUCCAGUGGAUCGUCCUUCCAUGAAAAUUGCAGUUCAAAUGUUGGAAGGUGAAGGAGACAAUCUACCAAUACCCGCUAAUCCUUUCAGCUCCACUAAUCCUACAAGAACAAAUGCAAGAAUCCCAGGAAGACAACUUCAUCAUGAGUUGGAAGCCAUCUCAGAAACAGAGUAAAUCUUAAUUAGUUGCAGAUUGUGUGCAGUAACCAGUUAAGUUGUAAUCAUAUAGAGUAGGAUCUUCAUGUAAUUCCUGAAACUAUUAUGAGAAACAUGCUACUAAGCAAUUGAUUAAUUAGUUUCUUUCAAGAAC